CUUCCCGUUUUCUUCACGAAAAGAAAACCUUAUCAUCUUCUUCUGCCUUUUUUUAUCGUCAAAAAAGGAAAAAUAUUGUUUUCGAUUUUCUAACACUUUCUCGAGGUAAAAGGAAUUUGCUUGUCUAGAUCUAGGUGUUGCGAUCAUGGAGAUGGAGCGUGUGACGGAGUUCCCUCAUACGCAUAUGGAUCGGCGACCUAGAAAGAGGCCGCGAUUGGGCUGGGACGUAACUCAGUUGCCGCCGCAGGCCCAGGUAGGAAUGUUUUGUGCACAAGAGGUUGGGAAUCUGACAAGCUUUGCCUCUUCCACUGCAAGAGCACCCUCAGAUUAUACUAGUACUAUUACUACUAGUUCUUCUCUAGUUGUAAAGGGAGGAGUGGCUCGAAAUGGUUCUCCCCCAUGGCGAGAAGAUGACAAGGAUGGGCAUUACAUGUUUGAGCUUGGAGAUAAUUUAACCUCCCGCUAUAAGAUACAAAGUAAAAUGGGUGAAGGUACCUUUGGUCAAGUUCUAGAAUGCUGGGAUAGGGAGACGAAGGAUGUCGUGGCCAUCAAAAUUGUCCGUGGAAUUAAGAAAUAUCGUGAAGCAGCCAUGAUAGAAAUUGAGAUGCUGCAACAGCUUGGAAAACAUGAUAAAGGGGGCAAUCGUUGUGUGCAAAUACGGAACUGGUUUGACUAUCGUAACCAUAUCUGUAUUGUCUUUGAGAAGCUUGGACCAAGCUUAUACGAUUUUCUACGGAAAAACAAUUAUCGCUCAUUUCCCAUUGAUCUUGUCCGUGAGAUUGGCAGACAACUAUUGGAAUGUGUAGCAUUUAUGCAUGAUUUGCAUCUGAUACACACGGACUUGAAGCCAGAAAACAUUCUUCUAGUCUCUCCAGAGUAUGUUAAAGUUCCUGAUUACAAGAGUACAUCACGAUCCCCAAAGGAUAAUUCUUACUUUAAAAGAUUACCAAAGUCAAGUGCUAUUAAGGUAAUAGAUUUUGGUAGCACAACUUACGAGCGUCAAGAUCAGACUUACAUUGUUUCCACGCGGCAUUAUCGUGCUCCGGAGGUUAUUCUUGGACUUGGAUGGAGUUAUCCGUGUGACAUAUGGAGUGUUGGUUGCAUCUUAGUUGAAUUAUGCACGGGUGAGGCGCUGUUCCAAACUCAUGAGAAUUUGGAGCACCUUGCCAUGAUGGAGCGGGUGUUAGGUCCACUACCUCAGCACAUGUUGAAGAGAGUAGACCGACACGCAGAGAAGUAUGUUAGAAGGUGUAGAUUGGAUUGGCCAGAUGGUGCUACCUCAAGUGGGAGUAUCAAAGCUGUGCUUAAGCUACCUCGUCUGCAGAACCUGAUAAUGCAGCAUGUGGACCAUUCAGCCGGGGAUCUAAUUCAUCUAUUGCAAGGAUUGCUUAGGUAUGAUCCUAUUGAUAGGCUUACAGCUCGUGAAGCACUGAGGCAUCCCUUUUUCAGUAGGGACCAAUUUAGGAGAUGAGCAUGGAAUUGGGUUGGUAGACAAUGUCUCAGCUUGUAAAGUUUUUCUAACAAGAACUGCUUCUUACGUUAGCACCAUCUUGUGCGACAAGCUGUAUUGUGGUGCAAGCUAACAGAUUAUCACCAAGUCAAAUGGUUUCAUGUAUCGUUUGUUAGAUUCAAUAAAAUUUUAGAAUUUGUUGUGUCC